AUGGAGUGCUUUGAAACCCUACAAUGUUCACCUUCAAGAAGCCCUAGUUCUCAACCUGAUGAGCAUAACAUCAACUCUUGCACCAACAAGCCUCAUGCCGACAAGCUUCAAGCUGAGAAAGUUCGCACUGUCACUUCAACUCAUAAUACAAAGACAUCAAAUGUUGACAAAUCAAUUCAACCUGAUAAGCUUGUUCACGUUGGCAAACUCAUGCUCCAGCUCCAUCUUCAAACAUCAAAAAGAUCUCUUGCUGGUAAGCUUCUUAUGUAUGUUCUUGUUUUAACAGUUAUGUUACAGAGAAAAUUACUCAAAGAAAAGAACUCUAAGUACUCAAAAUCAAAGAGUGUUCGUGUUGCAAAGAACUCAUCUUCAGAACCCACAAAGAUGAAGCAAGUUUAG